AACUCUAUCGGACACAAAAUGAAUGGCACACAUUCGCCGGACAUGAUCAGUCGGUUCCGCGACCUGAAGCUACUCGAGUCAGGCGAAGGACCCCGGCCGGAACCAGCACAGCAUGGGGAACCGACGCACCAUCGGCAUCAGCGAUCGUUCACCUCCCAGUCAGCGGCCACCAAGUCCCAGUUCAUUCCGGCCAUUUGUAACUUUCAAACGGCGCGGAAAAUGGCACAGGAAAACCUCGAGCACCAGCCGCUGCCGGAUGCAGUGAUCGAUAUUGCAUUUCGGAAAGCGCAAGCCGCCGGAUUCCCCAAUCCCGGCAUGGAGCUAAGCGUUGGACCGUACGCAACCGGCGUUGGUUGUAAGAACUACAAGGCAGGACCUACCAAGUGCACCAAGUACCGUGUCUAUCGGCCAAAAACGUGCGGCGUCAUACCGAAGGUGCCGAGUGCGCUGGACACACCCGAGCGGCCGGAAAGUAUGCGCGUAAAGAAGAAGGUCGGUGCAAUGGAUUUGGCCAUCGGUUGGGAGUUUCGCACCAAGCACGAACCACGCUCACAAACCUACAUGGACGGCUCGAAACCCUCGGUGGCGCCUCCGAUAUUCGAAGUGGUAGAGCCGGCCAAGGACCUAAAUCUGCCCGCGGUGGUACACGCUGGAGGCGUCUUUUCCAACACCCUCGGGGAGGAGGACUUUUUCGACCGUGAUGUUAUUCGACAGCACAAGCGCCUGGUACGCCCGACCAGCAAUCGCUGCAAGUGUGGCAACAGUUCUGCCCGCUCGUCCAAAUCGCCAAACGCUGCUGCCCGGCAGCAGCAGCAACGAAAGAAUGGCAGUGGAAGACAGGAUCGUCAACAGGAUCUGCAACAGCAGCAUCAGCAGAAACAUCACGACGAACCGACCACGAUGGAAAUCAACAACAACAACCUGCCGGCAGUGCGUGGAUCAGCCCGAUCGCACGGAUCUUCACAGGGAAAGGAAAUAGCGGAACUCCAACGUCACGGUGGCAGCGCAAAUUCGAUGGAGCGCAAACUGCACGAGGCAGCGGCCAAGCAUGCGGAACGGAUCGAACGCUUCUGUCACAAGUUCGCGCCCGAGGAGUUCCCGUACAACUUCCACCAGGAGUACCGGUGUGCGUUUAAGGCCGGAAUACCGCAGAGCAAUGUGUCGGGCACGCUGAGUAGCUUCGAUACCGGACCGAACGGAACGCAGCGCAAACCGGCCAACUACAAGAAGCUGCUGCACAUUCCCAAACCGCGCGAGCCGUACACGAAGAAGAACUACGUUAUCGAUACGCUAGCGCCACCGUUUGCCUUCUGGAAGAAGGGUUCCGGCUAUCCGGACUAUUGGCGACUGAUCAGUGUCUAUCAGCAGGCGUACAAUAAGCCGAUCGAGAAGAGAAAGUACCCGCUGCUCAAAACCGUGUACCAGUAGUGGUGGACAGGACAGGGACGAGAAACUCCAUAAAGUCAGCUCAAUUAUUCAUAACCUUAUCAUAUACACAUACAUACACAUACACACACUCAUACGUACACCUUUAGGUCCCUUAGGUCAAUUUUGAUUUGUCGAUUUUCACCAAUAGCAGAUUGUGUCAAGCCCUGUACUUUAUAGUCUGAUGCGGAAUGGAUAAUAAAACGGAACAUUUCGAGGAGUCUCCAGGGAGAGAUGAACUCAUGCCACUUUGGUGCGUGAAGUGUUUUCCUGUAGCUGCACGCCAUCGGUGGUUUUGUCCGCAUAAGAUGGCACCUACAAACGACUGCAUGAAUGUUAUUUAUUAUUUAAAAUUAAAUAAUCAUAAAUAAGGACAACAUCGUCGUGGUCCUGAUCGAUAUUAUUGGUUUCAAAAGUGUAAUCUUACGAGAGGGAUGGAAUUGCAGGGAGAUGGUAGUAUCAGUGUUCUUCCUUGCCCGCCUUCCAUCCCAAAAGAGCCCUGAAAAUGUCAACAACAGCAACAUUUCUUUCCCAACUGCCAAACA